AUGAAGAACAUUAUUGUGCUGUCAUUGCUGCUACUGAACGUACAUCACGUCCUAUCAGCACCCAAAGGCGUCACUGCCAGUCUAAAAGCGAAGUGGAGCAUGACGCCUUUCCUCCUGGAGACAAGCGAGUUUAUUGGAGAAGAUGGUAAUGAGAAAUUCUGGCAGUUUGUUGACACUGUGAAAGAGCUCACUGUAUACAAGCAUGGAGAGUCUGUGCGCUCAUACUACAACUUGAUCCUGAAGAAGGCUGGCCAGUUCCUCACCGAUCUUCAAGUUAAUCUCCUUAAAUUUGCUCUUGCCCUACGGUCAUACUCACCAGCUGUUCAUGCAUCCCAACAGAUAGCCAGUGAUGAGCCUCCGCCUGAGGCUUGUGCUGCCUUUGUCUCCAUCCAUGGUCAACAUAGCUGCAGUGCCAAGGAAAUCAAGAAGCUCCUGAAGGCAGCCGCAGGCAGGCCUAAACCCUAUUUAUACAAGAAUGAUCACAUAUAUCCAGGGGUCAAUAAAACAGACUUGCCAGUUGUGACCCUCUAUGCUGAGAUUGGGACCAAGAAGUUCACCACUUUUCAUAAGGUGCUGUCAGAGAAGGCUGAUGAGGGCAAACUUAUAUAUGUCCUGCGGCAUUUUGUAGCGGAGCCAAAGCCCCGAAAAAUGCUUUUAUCUGGAUAUGGUGUUGAGUUGGCUAUCAAAAGCACAGAAUACAAAGCUGUGGAUGACACCAAAGUAACAGAUUCAAAGACAGUUACACAUGCUGAGGAUGAUAAUAAUGAUGAAGUCCAAGGAUUCCUUUUUGGAACAUUAAAGAAAUCUCACCCUGAAAUCCAGGAGCAACUCAUUGAGCUUCGCAGACAUCUCUUGGAGAGUACCAAUGACAUGGUCCCUCUCAAAGUGUGGGAAAUGCAAGAUCUUAGUUUUCAGGCAGCUGCCAGAAUCAUGUCUGUGCCAAAGUUUGAUGCUUUGAAACUCAUGCGAGACCUCAGUCAGAACUUUCCAAGCAAAGCCAGAUCACUGACAAGAGUGGCCGUAAAGCAGGAAAUGAGAAAAGAAAUUGAGGAGAACCAAAAGCAUCUCAGUGAGACCAUCGGUGUUCACCCAGGAGACGGGGAGCUCUUCAUCAACGGACUGCACAUUGAUCUGGACAUUCACAACCCUUUCAGCAUUUUGGACAUCCUCAGAGGAGAGGCCAGGGUCUUGGAGGGGCUUCAUAAUCUCGGUAUAAAAGGAGAACAUCAGGUCAAAAUGCUGAGAUUACCUGUGAACGCUGUGGAUGACAGCUAUGCCUUAGAUAUCAGACAUCCAGCUAUAAUGUGGAUAAAUGACAUAGAGAAUGACCCAGUGUACCGCAGCUGGCCAACAGGUGUGCAGGAGCUCCUGAGAGCCACCUUUCCUGGAGUCAUCCGGCAGAUUCGACGCAAUUUCUUCAACCUGGUGCUGUUCCUCGAUCCAGUGCGAGAAGAAAGUGUUGAGCUGGUGAAACUAGCAGAGCUCUUCUACAAGCACAAGAUCCCCCUGAGAAUUGGAUUUGUGUUUGUUGUCAACACCAAAGAUGAGAUUGAUGGCUUCUCAGAUGCAGGGGUCGGAUUUUACAGACUGCUGAAUUACAUCGCAGACGAGUACGAUUUAUCCCAGGCUCUGAUGUCCAUGCUCUCAUUAUACAACAAAGUAGAGGUUGGGGAGACGCUGUCUAUUGAUACAGUCACUGCUUACCUGAAGAGAAAAUUCCCCAAAGCCAAUGCUGAAAGGAUUCUAGGUGUAGAAUCCGAGUAUGAUUACAAAAGACAGGAUGGUGCACUGUUUUACAAAAAGAGUGGCCUGGGGGCCCUACCUCUGGCUUUAUUUAAUGGAGUCCCUCUGAGCCCUGAUGAGAUGGACCCAGACGAGCUGGAAACCAUCAUCCUGCAGCGCAUAAUGGACACCACCACCACCUUCCAGAGAGCUGUUUUUAUGGGUCAGUUGACUGAGGGCUCAGAUGUGGUUGACUAUCUAAUGGAGCAGGCCAAUGUGGUUCCCAGGAUGAACCCUCUUAUCCUAAGCACUGACCGACAGUACCUCGACUUCACUGCCAAGCCAGUUGUAGAUGACUGGGAGGACACAACUAUGUUUUCAUAUUUGGACUCCAGAGACAAAACAGCUGUGAUGGCUAAGAGAAUGAAGUACUUUACAAAUAGCGAUGAGGAUGGGAUGAGUGCUGUGACCAUGUGGAUAGUGGGAGACUUUGAGAAGGUCUCAGGAAGAAAACUUUUGCUCAAUGCUCUGAAACAUGUGAAGGCCAGCCCUGGAGUGCGUGUGGGAGUGAUAGAUAACCCCAGUGGAAAGCCCAGCGAAGAUAACACUGUGCUGUACAGGGCUAUCUGGGCCUCUCUUCUCACCCUGAAGAAUAAGGCUGCAAGAGAGUUUGUGCAAAAACUCCUGAAAGAGGAGAGCAUCCAGCUCCUCCAGCAGGGGACCAAGAUGAAGCACUUACUGAUUCAGGGCACGGACGAAGAUGCCUUUGAGAAAAAGUUCAACACACUUGAAGUGGAUUUUGUCCGUAGUCAGCAGCUGUUUUGUCGAGACGUCCUGAAGCUGAUUCCUGGACAGCGGGCAGUGAUCAGCAAUGGCAGGAAACUUGGUCCAUUUGAAGAGCAGGAGGAAUUCACUGUGGAGGAUUUCCAGUUGCUGGAGAAGAUUACACUGAGCGGUUCUGCAGAGAAAGUCAAAGCCAAAGUUAAACAGAUGGGGAUGAAGACAAAGCUCGCCAGUGACUUAGUUAUGAAAGUUGAUGCCCUCCUAACUGCAGCACCCAAAGGAGAGGUCAGGAGGGAUGUCCACUUCAUCAAAGACAGCCACAGUGUGCUCCGUCUCUCCCCGCGUGAAAAUGAGGUGUUCUAUGAUGUCGUGGCCAUCGCUGACCCCCUCACUAGGGAGGCACAGAAGAUGUCCUCUCUGCUGAUUGUGCUCAGUCAAGUGGUCAAUGUGAGACUGCAGGUGUUUAUGAAUUGCAGGGCCAAGUUGUCCGAGAUGCCCCUCAAGAGCUUUUACCGCUUUGUCUUGGAGUCGGAUGUGACUUUCUUGGCCAACGACACAGUUUCUCCAGGACCUGUUGCCCGCUUCAUGGAGCUCCCAGAGUCUCCCCUUCUCACCCUUAAUAUGAUCACACCGGAGAGCUGGAUGGUGCAGGCUGUCCGCAGCCCCCACGACUUGGAUAACAUCCACCUGCAAGAGGUAAGCGGGGUUGUGACAGCAGAGUAUGAGCUAGAGCACCUCUUGCUGGAGGGCCACUGCUUUGACCUGUCAACCGGCCAGCCUCCCCGUGGACUGCAGUUUACUCUGGGCAUGAGUCGGGACCCACUCAUGUAUGACACUAUUGUCAUGGCUAACCUGGGAUAUUUCCAACUGAAAGCCAAUCCUGGUGCCUGGACCCUGAGAUUACGUAAAGGGAGAUCAGAGGAUAUCUAUCAGAUUCUCACGCAUGAUGGAACUGAUUCCCCUGCAGAUGCCGGGGAUGUCAUUGCUGUGCUGAACAGUUUCCACAGUAAGAUCAUCAAAGUCCGAGUGCAAAAAAAGGCAGAGAAGAUCAACGAAGAUCUUUUAAGUGAAAACAGUGAAAGCAAAGGCAUAUGGGACUCCAUAGCAAGCAUCACAGGUGGUGGCUCCAAGAAGGAUGAUGGCGAGAAGCAGAAAGAGGAUGUUCUGAACAUAUUUUCUGUUGCGUCGGGCCAUCUGUACGAGCGCUUUCUCAGAAUAAUGAUGUUGUCUGUCCUUCGGCAUACCAAAACACCUGUCAAGUUCUGGUUCCUCAAGAAUUACCUCUCCCCCUCUUUCAAGGACACCAUCUCACACAUGGCAGAGUCGUACGGCUUUCAGUACGAACUGGUCCAGUACAAGUGGCCCCGUUGGCUCCACCAACAGACUGAGAAGCAGCGCAUAAUCUGGGGAUACAAGAUCCUCUUCCUGGAUGUUCUGUUCCCUUUGGCUGUGGACAAGAUCAUCUUCGUGGACGCCGACCAGAUAGUUCGGGCUGAUCUGAAGGAGCUGAGGGAUUUAGACCUGGAAGGCGCCCCUUAUGGCUACACACCAUUUUGUGAUAGCCGCAGAGAGAUGGAAGGCUAUCGCUUCUGGAAAAGCGGCUACUGGGCUUCACAUCUAGGACACAGGAAAUACCACAUCAGCGCUCUGUACGUAGUAGAUUUAAAGAAGUUUCGCAAGAUUGCAGCCGGGGACAGGUUACGAGGCCAGUAUCAAGCCCUGAGCCAAGACCCCAACAGCCUGUCCAACCUGGACCAGGACCUUCCUAACAACAUGAUCCACCAGGUGGUUAUCAAGUCUCUUCCACAGGAGUGGCUGUGGUGUGAGACGUGGUGUGAUGAUGCCUCUAAAGUCACAGCUAAGACGAUAGACCUGUGCAACAACCCAAAGACCAAGGAGCCCAAGCUAACGGCCGCGGCACGGAUCGUGCCCGAGUGGGUCGAAUACGACAACGAGAUCAAGCAGCUGCUGAGACGAGUUCAGGAACAGGAAGACGCAGCAGCGCAGAGACAGACCCCCCCUCCUUCGCAACAUAAAAAAGUAGACAACCGCCGUGAUGAACUUUAGUGUCUGCCAGCGCCAUGCUGAAGAGGAUGGAGGCAGCUCCUUUUGCAUGCAGGCCACCUGUGAAGCUUGAAGACAGACAAUUCCAUCUAAACAUAGCCACGGAGUGUUGCAUCCCCAGCCGGAGAAGGAUGUGAUAUUUUCAGAGAUGCCAUAUCUGCUUCCGCAGUCAAUACGUCUUACAAAUUUAACACGCCAUGCGAGUGUUAACCGGCAACUGUGAACUUGUGGUGUGCUAACAGCACUACAGUCAGGUCUUGGUUAGCGUGUGGUUACCGGAGAAUGAAGUAAACAGAGAAAGAGGUCAGUGAAAGCACUCUAUUAAAUGUGUGUUUGAGAAUAAAUAGUUGGCAUAUGUUGCACUGAAAGUGUAUGCAAAGAAUCGAAUGGAGAAGACAUAUCUCUGAGAAUCUAAGCUCAAAGUUGAUAAUUUUUUUAACGUAGAGCUGUUUUCAAAAGCUAAUAUGUUUAGGUUUUCUUAAUUUGGCCAUGCGCUGACUGAAAUUGCCCAAACCAAAGUUGUGACCGCCAUAAAGCUGGUCGUCUGUUCACCUCUCACAACUCGCUGCAGAGUUGUUGCAUUAGAACUUCGGGACUGUACACUUAUUAUUGUAAUUGUGAUUUUUGCUGAAGGGUGGGUGGUCAGACUUCUUUGGGAGAGACGGGGGAGGGUCUUUUAUUUUACUGACUCCAUAAGUGUAUUUUAGCUCAGCCUUCCCAUACAAGAUUUCAAAGAGUUGCAUCAAAAAGGCGACUUUCACGGGCCAUAAAGGUGCGUUUUACGUGCAUCAUCUUCACCAUCAAACAGGUAGCUGAUGUCCGUUCACUACACAUGUAGGUCUUAUUGUUACUGAUGGAACGUCUCUGUAAAGUCAUACAGUCAUAAAACCAUAACAGAAAGCUGAACUGAAGUUAGAAUAUGAUGCUUCACACGUUGCCAAUUGUUCCUCCGGUUAAUGAAAUGAAACAUGUUUACUGUGGCUGUCUACAGUUUGGAACAUUGCUAAUAUGAUCAGUUCUGCACAUGCGUCUCCUUCAGUCCACAUACUGAUCGAAAGACACCCUUUGUGAUUCGUUCCUUCACACUCAGUCGAACUGUAAUCAGGACACUGAGUGCACAGCGGGGGGAAAGUUACCUCUGAGUCCGCAGCUGUUCUAAAACACACCUGGUUAAUGUUUCUGGUUAUGUGACUCAGACUCGUGUGGCCUAAUUGGUUUUAAUGAAAACUAAUGUCAAGCAACAGCAUAAGAUAUAAUUCAUAUGAAGUUUUACAAUUUGUUAUUCAGGGGUGAGGCAUGAAUCUCAAGGCGCUCAGAAGCCCCAGCUGGUGGCUGUACCCUGGUGUACAUUAACACCUCAUGUGUGCCAAGAUGGGCUAGAUUUUUCCAACAAUCUUCAGAUUUGGUGAAUGGGGAUGACUAACACACAUUAAUAUAGCCUCUUAAGAUAACUGCGCCCUAUUUAAUUUUCUCCGCCUGGUUAUGGUUUUGACAUUCAAACGUAAUUCAUAUUUAUUUUUAUUAUUUUGGACAAAAAUUGCUUGGUUGCCUGUUUCUCUCAUUCAGCUCCACUGCCAGUGGAAGAGCUUAGCGGUCCAUAGUGAGAGUGCACGCUGCACACAGCUUUGUCUGCCUCUGCUGCAGUCUGGACUUUAAUUUACCGAUGGUAUUGACGUGUGUUUUGACAUGUCAUGGUGCGCUCUUUGGAACAGCCGUCUGCAGGAAACAUCCUCCACACGCCUGGCUGUGCGGCUUGGCAUCAUGUUAUUGUUUCAUGACGGACUGUCAGACAUCUGAUCUCCUACACAUCAUUCAGGCUGAACAGCUGUGCCCUGUUCACGGUUCUCGGACUUGGUGGCUGUGAAACUGUUUAUUUAGGAGCUCUUCAUUAAAUAAUCAUUCGUAAUUGGAGAGCGGCUCAAGGGGAGGGUGGAACUAAAAUACAAGUAAU